UCAGACCCUCCAGGCGACCUGCCACUCAGAAGUGGUGAAGGGCUCUUCCUGGUCCCAGGCUUCCGGGUUGACUUUGAAGAGCAGCCGGCAUCAGCGGGUUUGGUGCUGUGCUGACAUUGCUGCUGCAGAGCUGAACGGAAAGCGUUCGCCAGCUGGGAAACCACAACAUGCCAAUUAGACCCUCCAGGCGACCUGCCACUCAGAAGUGGUGAAGGGCCCUUCUUGGUCUCAGGCUUCCGGGUUGACUUUGAAGAGGAGCCUGCAUCAGCGGGUUUGGUGCUGUGCUGACAUUGCUGCUGCAGGGAGCUGAGUGGAGAGCUUUGGCGAGCUGGGAAACCACAACAUGAAUGCAGUGACCUAUGAUGAUGUGCACAUCAACUUCACUUGGGAAGAGUGGGCUUUGCUGGAUCCUUCCCAGAAGGAGCUCUACAAAGAUGUGAUGCUGGAGACCUACAGGAACCUAAAUAGUAUAGGAUAUGACUCGGAAGAUCAUAACACUGAAGAAAAUUGUCAAAUUUCUCGAAGACAAGAGAGGAACUAUAGAAACCAAACUGGAGAGAAACCUCCUGAAUAUACUCAAUGUGUUGAAGCCUUUCCAUAUGGUUGUCAUCUUCAAAAGCAUGAAAAACCACAUACUAGAGAGAAACCCUAUGAAUGUAAUCAGUGUGGUAAAACCUUUGCAUUUCCUAGUAAUCUUCAAAACCAUGAAAGAACACAUACUGGAGAGAAACCGUAUGAAUGUAAUCAGUGUGGUAGAGCCUUUGCAAUUAAAUGUAAUCUUCAAAGUCAUGAAAGAACACAUGGUGGAAAGAAACCCUAUGAAUGUAAUCAGUGUGGUAAAGCCUUUGCACGUCACAAUUCUCUUAAAAGUCAUAAAAGAACACAUACUGGAGAAAAACCCUAUAAAUGUAAUCUGUGUGGUAAAGCGUUUGCGGUUCAACAUACACUUAAAAUCCAUAAUGAAAUCCAUACUAAAGAAAAACCCUAUGACUGUAGUCUGUGUGGUAAAAGGUUUCAUUAUCACAGUCGUCUUCGAAUACAUGAAAGAACCCAUACUGGGGAGAAACCCCAUGAAUGUCAUCUGUGUGGUAAAGCCUUUUCACGUCUUAGUCAUCUUCAGAGUCAUAAAAGAACACAUACUGGAGAGAAACCCUAUGAAUGUAAUCAGUGUGGUAAAGCCCUUUCUUGUCAAAGCUCUCUUCGAAGGCAUAAAAGAACACAUACUGGAGAGAAACCCUAUGAAUGUCAUCUGUGUGGUAAAGCUUUUGGACGUCCUUGUUAUCUUCAGCGUCAUGAAAGAACACAUACUGGAGAGAAACACUAUGAAUGUAAUCUGUGUGGUAGACCCUUUGCAUAUAAAUUUAAUCUUAAAAUUCAUAAGAGAACACAUACUGGAGAGAAACCCCAUGAAUGUAAUCUCUGUGGUAAAGCUUUUUCAGUUCCAUAUAAGCUUAAAGUCCAUAAAAGAACACAUAUUGGAAAAAUACCCUAUGAGUGUAGUCUGUGUGGUAAAAUGUUUCAUUAUCACAGGCAUCUUCAAAUGCAUGAAGGAACCCAUAUUGGAAAGAAACCCUAUGAAUGUAAUCUGUGUGGUAAACCUUUUGGACGUCUUAGUCAUCUUCAGCGUCAUGAAAGAACACAUACUGGAGAGAAACCUUAUAAAUUUAAUCAGUGAAGUUAAAGCCUUUUCUUGUCAAAGCUCUCUUCGAAAGCAUAAAAGAACACAUAACUGGAGAGAAACAUUAUGAGGAAAGCAGUGUGGUAAAGCCUUUGCAUGUCAUAGUUCUCUUCAAGAUCAUGAGGGAACACACACUGGAGAGAAACCCCAUGAAUGUAGUCCAUGUGGUAAAGCCUUUGCAUGUCAAAGUGUUCUUGGAAUGCAUAAAAAAACACAUAGUGGAGUCAAAGCCUAUGAAUGUAAUGUAAUGUGUGUCUUACAGUCUUUGCAAAUAACAGUCAUCUUCAGUGGCAUAAAAGAACGAAUACUGGGAAGAAACCCUCGAAAUGUUAUCAGUGUGGUAAAGCCAUUACAUUCUUCUUCAAAUGCAUAAAAGGACUCAUACUUGAGUGAAACUCUGAAUGCAGUCAGUGUGGUGAAGCCUUUACUGAUCACAGUUAUAUUCAAGGCAUAAAGAACAGUCUGGAGAAAAACUAAUCAAUGUGGUUAAACCUUUUUAAUCAUGAUAGUCAUCUUCAAAUGCAUAAAAGAACACAUACUUGAGAGAAAUCUUUUGGAUUUCAUCAGUGCAGUCUUCAAAAUCAUGAGAAAAAGUCAUCCAAUUUUGAAAGUCCAUAAAUGUCCUCAGUUUCAAAAAGGUUUUCAGCCAUAAAAUUUUUGUGUACAUUCAAUUUGAUAACGACUUUGUGUGUUACAAUUGUCAUUGUUACCUAGAAAGGAUGCUGAUGUCUUUUUAGCCAAUAUUUUUACUGUGCUGAUAUUUUGUUUGUGCUUUAACAUGUAAAGCUUACCUGAAGGUCAGAGUGCUGUGACAGACUGUAGUUAGUCACAGAGCACAGGCAGUGGUGACACACACCUUUAAUCCCAGCAGUCAAGGGGCAGGGGCAUGUGGUUCUCUGUGAUUUUGAGGCCACCUUGGGUACACUAGAUUGACCACUCUAAAAGAGAAACACCAAGGCAGUCGUGGCUCACAUAUUUAAUAUUGGAAUUUGUAAACCACGUGCCAUUAAUUCUAGCAUGAGGGAGGUGGAACCAGGAUGAUAAAUGACUUGGUAGAGAGAAGAGCAUAAGGCAGGAGGAGAAAGGAGAUCAGCCCAUUAAGACUGAGUAUUUAUAGAGGCAGGGUCUACAAAUACUCUGUGUUCUGAGGAUUCGGUACAGGUAAAUGGCAUCUCUGAUGGCUCGCCCCUUUAUUUCUGUGAUCUUUCAGCAUUUACCCUGAUAUCUGAGUCCAGGUUUAUAUUACUGAGAUUAAUUAGAAAUUGUGCUACAACUUACAAUCAGUUAAGCAACAGUAAUUUUUCUCUAGAAAUAAAUUGACAGUGUCAACAAUCUC